UAAAACCUUUCUUCUAUACUACUAUUUCCUCUUCCAUGUCCAGAACACCCUUAUCUUCGUCUUCUUCUCAAUUAUUCUUCUGAACCUCUUCAGGGUUUUCUCUCUUAUUACCUCCCAUGGCACAGACUCUCCAACCUACCUCCUCUUCCGUUCCCCAAACCCUAGUUCUUCCAGAAUCCGAGUCUGAAACCGAUUCCGCCUAUUCCAUCUCUGCGUUCGAUGAGCCGCAAAACCCUAACCAGAAUCUGAUUACGACUCCCACCCAGACCCCGACCCUCCUCCACCUCUCCUUCAACCAGGACUAUGGCUGCUUCGCCGUGGGGACCGACAUGGGGUUUCGAAUCUACAACUGUGAUCCGUUCCGUGAGAUCUUCCGGCGGGACUUUGGGAUGCGUGGCGGGAUCGGAUUGGUGCAGAUGUUGUUCCGCUGCAACAUACUAGCCCUCGUCGGUGGUGGAGCUUGCCCGCAGUACCCAUUAAACAAAGUCAUGAUCUGGGACGACCAUCAGUCCCGUUGCAUCGGCGAGCUAUCGUUUCGGUCUGAGGUCAAGGGGGUCCGGCUCAGGCGUGACCGAAUUGUGGUGGUUUUGGUUCAGAAGAUCUUCGUCUACAAUUUUGCGGACCUGAAGCUUUUGCAUCAAAUUGAGACUAUUGCGAACCCUAAAGGACUCUGUGAGGUCUCGCACGUGUCCAGUCCUGUGGUUCUCGUAUGCCCUGGGCUCCAGAAGGGUCAGGUUCGAGUCGAGCAUUAUGGUUCGAAGCGAACCAAGUUCAUAAUGGCUCACGAUUCGAGAAUUGCGUGCUUCUCUCUCACCCAGGAUGGCCGGUUGCUGGCUACGGCUAGUAGUAAAGGAACUUUGGUUAGAAUUUACAAUACAUUGGAUGGCUCUUUGCUUCAAGAGGUAAGGAGAGGUGCAGAUCGAGCAGAGAUAUAUAGUCUUGCUUUCUCAUCUACUGCCCAGUGGUUAGCUGUCUCAAGUGACAAAGGGACUGUUCAUGUGUUUAGUCUGAAGGUUGAUUCAGGACUUUUGGCAAAUGAUUUAUCGCGUAGUACGCCGGACUCCAGUCUUUCUAAUCCAUCAGCCAUUCCGUCUCUUUCCUUUAUGAAAGGUGUGUUGCCAAAAUAUUUCAGCUCAGAGUGGUCAGUGGCACAGUUUCAUUUGCAAGAAGGUUUGCAGCACGUAGUUGCCUUUGGGCACCAGAAGAACGUAGUUGUGAUCCUUGGCAUGGACGGAAGCUUCUAUCGAUGCGAAUUCAACCCGACAAAUGGCGGAGAGAUGAAUCAGCUUGAAUAUUAUAAUUUUCUGAAACCAGAACAAACUUUCUGAGUAAUGAUUGGUAUAUAUACAUGCGAUCUUAUAUUUCUGUUAAUACUAAGUUCUUUGUUUUAUAUUUUCUAAUAUCUUCUAGGGACUGAUCUACAAUGUAAAUAUACGGGAAAAAUUUGAAUGAACAACAAUUUUUCAAUCGCUGAUUUGAUAUGAUUGGGCUGUAUCUAAUCAAACUUUGGUUGGUUUCAUUUGCUUGUACAUAUUUAAUAUUAAAUUCCAGAAAUCUGGAUUUGGCUUGUUCUCAAGUCUUAUUGGAAGAAAUUGUUUAUUA